AUGGCAAUGCAGACAGACACUUCGGAACCCGACCUGCUUGCGGAAGUGGACAGCUUCGUGGUAUGCGAUGUGACCGGGCACGGAUCACCAGUUCGCUACGCUAGCAAAGGGUUCCAGGAGCUGUACGGCUAUAGCAUGGCCGAGUGCCUGGGACAGCCGUGUGAAGCGCUCUUGGAGGGCGCUUGGGCUUCGGCUCAAGGGCGGAGUGCGCUUGCCAAGGUGGCCAUCUCCCUCGGCGUGUCAGGAGAAGAGGCGACGCGGAGUGUGCAGCUCCUCUCGCUUCAAGUCCGCAGGCUCGCUCAGAAGGCUUCCGUGCCUUUCGUGAUGGAGCAUCCCAUGCUGAGCAUCGGCUGCAGGAAGUCUGGCGAGUUGUUCGUGUCGGCCGUCCGCACGAUUCACCAGACGCACCCGGAGCUGGGAUGGACCUACCAGGCGAGCCUGCAGCAGGAUGUGACCAAAGAUGUCUCGGUGGCAGACGUGCUGCUCGCCGCGACGAAGGGAGAGGAAGAUCUGGCACGCCUUCAGUCGCAGCGCUU